UCCAGUCACAUCAGCACCUGGUUUCUCCCGGGUGGACCUGGUGACCCGUUUUCCUUUGGUUGAAUCCAGAGGUGUUCCUGGGAGAUGGCGGAGCAGCAUGGAACUCCGGAGCAGGCUGCGGCUGCCAAGGGCCAUGGAGGCCUUGGGGGCACCUACAAGGUGAUCGUGUACGAAAUGGAGAACUUCCAGGGCAAGCGGUGCGAGCUCUCGGCCGAGUGCCCCAACCUGACGGACAGCCUGCUGGAGAAGGUGGGCUCCAUCCAAGUGGAGUCGGGGCCGUGGCUGGCGUUCGAGUGCAGGGCCUUCCGCGGGGAGCAGUUUGUCCUGGAGAAGGGGGACUACCCUCGCUGGGACGCCUGGUCCAACAGCCACCACAGCGACAGCCUCCUGUCCCUCCGGCCCCUGCACAUCGAUGGUCCGGAUCACAAGCUGCAUCUGUUUGAAAACCCAGCUUUCAGCGGCCGCAAGAUGGAGAUAGUUGAUGACGACGUGCCCAGCCUCUGGGCCCACGGCUUCCAGGACCGCGUAGCGAGCAUCCGGGCCAUCAACGGGACGUGGGUUGGCUACGAGUUCCCCGGCUACCGUGGACGCCAGUACGUGUUCGAGCGGGGCGAGUACCGCCACUGGAACGAGUGGGACGCCAACCAGCCGCAGCUCCAGUCCGUGCGCCGCAUCCGCGACCAGAAGUGGCACAAGCGGGGCUGCUUCCUCAGCAGCUGAAGGGCACCCAGGCCCCAGUGGCCCCGGCCCGCCCCUGGGGGCAGCAAGGGCAAGAAGAGGAGGCUCCAGGGCCGGGGGGAGGGCCCGCCUGUCCACCCUUCCCCGGAAUCUGCUCAAUAAAGCCUGGGGCCGGGCCCCCACCUGCCAUGUU